UUAGAGAAUAACCAGAGUGACACGUCGCAAAUUCCCCAUAAUCAAGGAGAACUUUUCCGGGUGGUGAUCUCUGAAAUUGCUCAGCGAGCACCCCUAAUUAACCUGAUUUUUUGCUGAUAAUCACUCACAAUGGAAUCAAAUCAAAAAUCGGGGGAUGGAUUGACCGGCACACAGAAAGAAGCUGCUCUCCGUGCAUUAAUUCAGCGCACAGGAUAUAGUUUGAUACAGGAAAAUGGACAAAGAAAGUACGGAGGUCCACCGCCUGGCUGGGAUGCCCCGCCACCGGAGAGGGGCUGUGAGAUUUUCAUUGGGAAAUUACCCCGAGACCUUUUUGAAGAUGAACUUAUCCCAUUAUGUGAAAAAAUUGGUAAAAUCUAUGAAAUGAGAAUGAUGAUGGACUUCAAUGGAAACAAUAGGGGAUAUGCCUUUGUAACAUUCUCUAAUAAACAGGAGGCUAAGAAUGCAAUCAAGCAACUUAAUAACUAUGAAAUUAGGAAUGGACGACUCCUAGGGGUUUGUGCCAGUGUAGACAACUGCCGUUUGUUUGUAGGAGGAAUCCCAAAAAACAAGAAGAGAGAAGAAAUUUUAGCAGAGAUGAGGAAAGUCACAGACGGGGUCAUUGAUGUCAUUGUGUAUCCCAGUGCAGCAGACAAAGCAAAAAACCGUGGCUUUGCUUUUGUGGAAUACGAAAGUCAUCGAGCAGCAGCAAUGGCAAGAAGAAAACUGCUACCAGGAAGAAUACAGUUAUGGGGACAUCCUAUUGCUGUAGACUGGGCAGAACCAGAAGUUGAAGUUGAUGAAGAUACAAUGUCAUCAGUUAAAAUCCUCUAUGUGCGAAACCUUAUGCUAUCAACCACUGAAGAGACGAUUGAAAAAGAAUUCAACAAUAUUAAACCAGGUGCAGUUGAAAGAAUAAAGAAAAUCAGAGACUAUGCAUUUGUACACUUUAAUAACAGAGACGAUGCAGUUGAAGCUAUGAAAGCCUUAAAUGGGAAGGUGCUGGAUGGUUCCCCUAUCGAAGUGACAUUAGCAAAACCAGUAGACAAAGACAGUUACGUUAGACACACCAGAGGCACAGGGGGACGAGGUACCGUGCUACAAGGAGAAUACACUUACACGUUUGGACAUGUGUAUGAUCCCGCCACAGCCUACCUUGGAGCUCCAGUCUUCUAUGCACCUCAGGCCUACGCAGCUAUUCCUAACCUUCAUUUCCCUGCCACCAAGGGUGACCUCAGCAGUAGGGGCAUUAUCCGACCUCCAUCUAUUAGAGAAAUUUACAUGAAUGUACCUGUAGGGGCUGCGGGAGUUAGAGGACUAGGAGGACGUGGAUAUUUGGCUUACACUGGCCUGGGUCGUGGAUACCAGGUUAAAGGAGAAAAGAGGGGAGAAGACAAACUCUACGAUCUUUUGCCUGGAAUGGAGCUUACCCCAAUGAACCAUAUCGCUUUAAAACCACAUGGAAUUAAACUUGCUCCUCAGGUCUUAGAAGAAAUCUGCCAGAAAAAUAACUGGGGACAUCCUGUUUAUCAGCUUCAUUCUGCAAUUGGCCAGGACCAAAGACAACUAUUCCUAUAUAAAAUCACUAUUCCUGCCCUUGCCAGCCAGAAUCCUACUAUACAUCCCUUCACACCUCCUAAGCUUAGUGCUUAUGUUGAGGAAGCCAAGACAUAUGCUGCAGAAUAUACUCUUCAGACCUUGGGCGUUCCCACAGAGGGAGCAGAGACUCCUGCUACAGCUCCUGCUUUUCCAGGUACGUGA